GGAGUCUUGACUUCCACUUCCGGUCCAGCCGCAUCCCACCUACAGCGAACGAAGCAGUGACAGUGUCAUUUUUAUUUAUGUUUUUGUGAAAUUAGGACGUUUCUAUCUCAAGAAAAUGAUCUUGCUUGAGAUACACAACAGGAUAGUGGAAGAGACCCUAGUGUUAAAGUUCAAAAACGCGCUUGCAGGCAACAAGCCUGAGUCAAUAGAUAUCACAGUAGCUGACUUUGACGGCGUCUUAUUUCAUAUUUCCAAUCAGAAGAAUGACAAAACGAAAAUUAUUGUUAGCAUUUCCCUGAAGUUUUACAAAGAGCUCCAGCAGCAUGGUGCAGACGAACUUUUGAAAAGAGAGUAUGGAUCCCUGCUGAUCAACCCCGAGGAUGGCUUUAAUGUUUCAGUGUUAAUCGACCUAGAAAAUGUUCCAUCCAAUUGGGAGGAGGUAGCAAAGAAAGUCGGCUUGCUGAAACGACACUGUUUCGCAUCCGUUUUUGAAAAAUAUUUUGACUUCCAAGAGCGGGGAGAGGAGGGCCACAAGAGAGCAGUAAUCAACUACCGCAAUGAUGAAACCUUGUACGUCGAGGCUAAAGCGGACCGAGUCACAGUAGUCUUCUCGACGAUUUUCAAAGAUGAAGACGACGUCAUUAUCGGCAAAGUGUUCAUGCAAGAACUGAAGGAAGGUCGCCGAGCUAGCCACACUGCACCACAAGUUCUCUUUAGUCACAGAGAACCGCCGUUAGAACUCCAAAACACUGACGCUAGAGUUGGAGAAAAUAUUGGCUAUAUAACCUUUGUUCUAUUCCCUCGUCACACGAACAGAGAAACUAGAGAAAACACCAUCAACUUGAUUCACAUGUUCAGGGACUACCUGCACUACCACAUCAAGUGCUCAAAAGCGUACAUCCAUUCUAGGAUGAGGGCCAAGGCGUCCGACUUCCUAAAAGUGCUCAACCGGGCCAGGCCUGAACCAAAGACGGUUGAAAAGAAAACUAUGUCGGGCCGGACCUUCAUCAGGCGGGAAUAAUGAUAGCAUUCAAUAACUGCAGAAAAAAUGGCUCAAGCUUCAGUGCCUGAGUCCCUUGCCCCUCCUCAAUCAAGCACACACCACUAGAAAAAAAUACGAACUCUAUGAAUGAUCCGAAUUCUGUCUUCAUUGUGUCAAAGUCUAGGUAAGAAAGGAAAAUGAAUCACUUCGGCUCCGAACAAGGGCCGCGGUCAAGUCUAUACAUUGGCAACACGCAUAAUUGGGCGGGGCUUAGCAAUCAGGUUGUUCAAGCAUUGUUUUUGUGAAUACUGUAAUUAAUCUCCCUGUGAUCAUGUAGAAUCCUAGACGGAGAAGUAUAUAAAAAACGCAAUAUUUGCUUGUGAGUUGUUGAGUUUGCGUAGUGGAGCCUGGAUAUACUUUUUGCUAAUAUAUUCAAAAGCCACUACCUCUUACAAACAUUGGGCUCGAAAGUGUGUGCAAUAUGAAGAAUGAAGACCUACAUAGAAAUCGAGUUUUAACGAGAAAAAAAGAGGCAAACUUCCACUACUGUAAUCUGUAGCAAGAUUUCAGCAGACAAUGCGAGCCAUUCAAUUAUUACUGCAAAAAACGAGAAAACAAAAAUACUAGAGGGAGUUAGGGAAUUAAAAUUUAAUGCGACAAAAAAUCGAGUGUUUUAAAAAAAAGAGGAUGUUUGGUGUACAGGAAUUUUGAAUGCGAGUGUGAAGAAAGAGUGGCGAGUGAGUUAGACCAUAAUGAAGGGAAGAGAGUCAUUUUGUUCAUUUGUGACCGCGUGAAACAGUUAGAAGCGAACACAUGAUUUUCCCUACCUGUUCCCGCGAGAUAACCAUGUUGAGAAUGGAAUCUCCAGAGAUACUAAAAUUUAUACACUACAUACCGCAACUAUCACUGUUUGUUUUUCUUUAACUGAUUUUCUACUGAAUUAACGACGUUUUGUAAUAAGUUACUGCACAAAUUGAAAUAAAUUACCUGGUGUCAUCAGCAAUCAA